AUGCCGAAAUUCUUCGUGCCGCGACCUGAACAGAUACCGGAAAGCCGGCGGCUCCACGCGCGAGGAAACGUCCGAUUCAUGCAAAGCGCCUUCGUCAAAGAGAUUCUGGGAGAGCAGCGAUUGUGGACGGAAGAAGACAGGCCAAUUGUGGUACGCGAUGGCAACACGAUUACCGUUCGAGUAUACCGGCCUUCGACUCUCCCAGGCGGACGACCAGUCAUGGUGUUUGCCCAUAGCGGAGGAUGGUGCAUGGGUGGACUCGACACUGAAGAGUUCAUCUGCCAGUUCCUCUGUGUGAAGCUGGGUAUCAUCGUCGUCAGUGUUGGAUACCGGCUGGCUCCUGAAUGGCGAUUCCCCACGCCCAUCCGCGACACCUACGAUGUUCUGAAAUGGGUCUCGGUCAACGCGCGAGCGUUCGGAGGGGACCUCUCCAAGGGCUUCCUUACCGGCGGUGCCUCUGGGGGCGGCAACGCGACAAGCAUGGCUGCCAUCCAAGCUCGAGACGAGCAUCUCCAGCCUCGCCUCAUGGGACAUCUGUUCCUAUGCACGGGCAUGCCGCACUCCUACAAAGACAGCAAAGGGGAUAUCCUCAACUUGUUCCCCGAGCAACUGGCCCAUGGUUCUUGGGAAAAGUACAAAGACGGGCCAGUAGCGACGCGUGAAAUGAACGAUCUCUACGGACGUAUCGCAGGCUUCACAGCAAGUCAUGCCUCACCAUUGGAGCUGACAGACUUCUCUGGCCUAGGCCCCGUAUACUAUCAGGCCGCCGAAAUGGACAUCUGGAGAGACAGCGCCAUCCUCUACUGCGACAAGAUCAGACAGGCAGGUGGGCAGGCGAAAAUCGACAUUUACCCUGGAGUUCCGCAUCUGUGGUGGUCAAUGUACCCACAGCUGUCCAUCAACAAGAAAUGGGUGAAGGAUCUGGUGGAUGGGGUAGAGUGGUUGCUGAAGCAGAACCGAGAUCCUGCGACGUCUUCGCGACUCUGA